GAAACGUUCUCGCUAUGAGCUCAUUAGCUGAGAUCAACACAGCCCUUGCUGCACUACAGGCUGGCCAAGCCACUGCAAAUCAGAGGCUUGACACUAUUCAACAGGACAUUCAGGCUUUACGGGACGAACAGGAACAAUCGCAACAGGUGUUCGAAGGGCUACAUGAUGAGGUGCAGAAUGUCAGCAGGACAGUUGAGAAAAUGGACAAGAUAUCUGUAUUGAGAAUGCACAACUUAACGCUUUCAGUGGGGGCACCACUUACCUGGCCGCAAGACCUCAAAGUCAAGCUUCCUGUUGGCUUCCCAGCGACUCCUGCUGACUUACAGCAAAUGACGAUUCCGAUGUGUGAUGGCAUUUCUACAGCACUCGGCCUGCCUCCUUUCCCUCCUCAUGCCUCGGUUGAGCAACGCUGUGAACGGAUAAUCAUCCAUCUUGGCUACUUGCAGCUCAUCCCUAAUAUCAAUAUUGAACCAUAAGUCAGAUGUUAUUGGCGUAUGUCGUGUUCUUGCACCCAUGUGCAAUGUCUUCUUCAAGUCGAUCUUCUUGCCGUGUGAACUGUACCUCCCCCUGCACGUCCCAUCACCUACUGUACAGUUCCUUUAUUGUAUCACCAUCAUCGCAAGUCACUUAUUAGUCAUAAUAACUUUACAACACUUUUUUUUGCACGUCUCUUGCAGUCACACCUCCUGAGAGUGUUGUUCACACUCCCACUGAACCAGUCUCUCCCUUCUGAGUACUUAAUGCCAUAGCAUUGUUCACACUCCCGCUGAGCUAGUCCCUCCGUUCUAGUCCAUCAGGUUAUGAGCCCUUGGGCUCCAGCCAGGCCCAGACGAACAGACCACAUAUGUAAUUAGAUCUAAUCUAAUAGAACUCACGAAUAACAUGC